GCAAUCACACAGAUAACAACAAACCUACUGUAAACGUAACUUUCAAAUGCUCUGUGAUGUGAACUGGUGGAGCAAUGAUCCAAGUUACCUCAAAUGCAGCAUGUUCCCUUUUUGGCUCCACAAAGUUGAAUGUCAGGAAUGUGGAUGAUUGCAGCAAUGCACAGUUCAUUGACCGGACAAACUGUGGCAGACUCCGUUCUCAAUCUCUUUACAGCUCUGAGGAGGCAGAUCACUCAACUGGAGUGACUGACAAGGAUAGGAGCCACAGUAGACCACGUUCAAGAUCCUUCUAUGCUGUUGACACAGAUGAUGUAGGAGUGGGACAUUUUAGCAGGUGUAAUGCUAUGAGACCAAGAGCGAGAUCACUCAUUCACAAUGAGGAUGGGAAACGAAACCCUGGUGGGUUUGGAACCACUAAAAAGCUACCAAUCAAAAGACCUAAAGCAAAUUCAAGCAAAAGACCCAUCAAAGAUCUAACAGGAAGUAGAGGAAGUUUAAAGGGUCUACCCAUGAUGACCAUUUCUGAAGAGAAUAACUGGAAGAUAAGCUCCUGUUCUGGUAUGAAAUACGGUCAGUAUGUAAACUGGGAAAAAAUUGACCCGGAGGCGGCUGUACGUUAUCAGAAGAUCCUCUCAAGUGACCAUUCUGAGCUCAAAGCAAUGGGCCGUACAGGAUUCUGGUCCAUGCCUCAUACUCUCAGAGCCAAGGCUUACCAGCAUAUCAUCCACAACAUCGAGAGUACGCCCACCACAAGUGAUGUGGAUACCUACCAUGGUCAUGUUGGGCAGCUGUUUGGGGAGUUUCAAAUGAGCUCUCACCCAUUUCCAAAGUUUAUGGAGGAUGGGGAAAUUCCCAGAUACUGCCUCAAUAAAGUGGGUCUGAAUUCUGUAAAAAAAAUCCUAAUUUUGUUAAGUCACCAUUUUCCUGAUGUCAGCUUCUGUCCCAUCCUGCCUGCUCUGGUAUCUCUUCACUUGCACUUCAGUGAAGAUGAAGCCCAGUGCUUCCACAGUAUUUGUUCACUGGUGACCUACACAGACCCUAAAAAGCGUUACAUAGAUCAGACUUUCCUCACUUCACAUGCCUCCUGCAUGACCUUUGGAGAUCUCGCUAAUAAAUACUGCAGGGGAAUCCGGAAACUAAUAGCCAGCUCUCACCAGAACCUGUUUGAGUUCUACUCAGACUGGAUCAUGUGGAUUUUUGCUGAUCUACCAUUUACAUAUGCUAUCAGAGUGCUGGAUGUCUAUCUCAUAGAGGGAUAUAAAGUUUUGUACCGUGUAGCACUUGCUCUUCUCAGCCUUUACAAGGUCUCUGUGUCCUCCCGAGUGGCCCAUGUCGAUGACUUCAGACAAGACAUGAAGAGUUUUGUACAGAAUGUUGCACGACACAGUACCAUUGACACACUGCUUCAGAGGGCUUUUAGUAUUCAGCUGCCAACUCGCAAAGAACUAACUUUUCUUUUUAAUGCCAACAAGGAUGCACUAAUUCAUAAAGAUAUCUACAGUAAGAGCUCAUUCCAAGCUAUGGAUUUUUGCAGCUUUAGCUCUGCUAUAGUGACUGAAACAGAGAUCAGGGUGGUCUGGGCCUGGAUUCCGGAGCGAUUUGCUCUCUUCAGCCCUGUACAGCUAUUUAGUACCAAUGUUCAUGGCAGAAGUCUCUCCUCGUUUUAUUCCAAAGUUGAGGGGCAUGAUCCAACUGUUUUACUCUUGAAAACUGCAGAUGAGGAGAUUUGUGGAGCAUUCUUGUCCUCUGAUUGGGCUCACAGGAAAUGUGAUGAAAAGGGAUUUGAGUUUUUUGGCACAGGAGAGUGUUUUGUUUUCACACUACGACCAGGAAUGGAACGGUACCAGCGAACAGUUCUGGAGAUCUCUGGGAUGUCUGACAAAUGGGAAUCCUCUCAGGAACAAGCACUCUCCAGCACCUCUCAUGUAAACACUCAUCUGGACAUACCCACUGGAGCUACUCAGAACCACAGAUUUGAAUCUGCUUCAUUACCUUCGACACCUUCAGACUCAUGCAUGGCCACAACAAGGUUCAUGGCAGGAGAUGAUGAGUCACUUUUUAUUGGUGGUGAUGGUGGCCAUGCGCUGUACCUGCAGGCUGAUCUGACAACUGGCCAUUCUGAAUGUUGUGAUACAUUUGAGAGUCCAGCUCUCUGCAGAGGAAGUUUCAAGAUCCAGACACUUGAAGUGUGGGGCAUACAGCACUCUUUAUCCAUUCCACCACAAUUUUGACAGUGACUUUGAGAAUGUGGUGUAUAUGCAGUUCAACCCUUGUGCUGUGUUUGUUUUGUGCUAACACAUUUUGUUCCCAGUCAAAAAUUAACAGCCCAAGAUUUUUUGUAAAUCUCUCAUAUUGCAUAUAUUAUUACAAGAUUUUGCAUUCGAUCGUUUUAUCUACUUCUUUUUUAGUAAUUAUCCUUUUUUGAACAUAUAUAUUUUUAAAUAUGUUUUUUCUUGAUAGAAGGAUUAAUUGAACAGAGCUAAUACUGGGCUGGUGAAUAUAUAUAUAUAUAUAUAUAUAUAUAUAUAUAUAU